CGAGAGCACACGAAACCAAUUACUGCUCAUUUUUGUAGAAAGGAAGGCGAAUUAUUUCAAUAUUGGUACAAGUUAAGGCGUGCAAUUAGUGUUAAACAAAUACAGUGUAAAGUGCCGUUAUCGGAAAUAAUGUGGCAAGACACAAGCCCAUAAUUUCGUAUAAAGUCAAACAAACACACUUGGAAAAACAAGUCGAAGUCGCGCGUCGGUGUCUGUCGAAUUUUCAUAAGCAAUCAUAGCAGGCUCUAAAAUUUGUUCGACUAUCCAUUAACCAUCGUGUUGAGAUCAAAAACGAAUUUUAAGAUCAAAUACGAACACGAAAUACACAUAAAUUUAAAGUUAUUCACAAAAUAUAUAUUAGCGGAAAGUGCAAAAUGAGUGAGCCAAUAAAUUCGUCGACAACCGACGAUAAUCGUGAACCAAAAAGGGAUAACGCAGUGGCACGCCAAGCUAUUGAAAAUGAAUAUAAACUGAUGAUAACGAAGGGUUGGCUGCUUUACUAUAAGGAUAUCGCUCAAACCUGUGAUCGUAAAGCUAAAGAGAAGAAUUUUACAACACAAGAAUCGGAGCGGCCACAGAAUCGUCCCCUGAAUCGCUAUAGAGAUGUCAGUCCCUAUGAUCAUUCGCGCAUUGUGCUGAAAAGGGGAAAUGUUGAUUACAUAAAUGCCAAUCUAGUUAAGCUGGUUGAUGCCAAUCGAGAGUAUAUAUUGACACAGGGUCCACUGGUGGACACUGUGGGACACUUCUGGCUUAUGGUCUGGGAGCAGAACUCACGCGGCGUGCUCAUGCUAAAUAAAUUAAUUGAAAAAAAACAUGUCAAAUGCCACUUGUAUUGGCCCGAUCAGAUGGGGGCUGGGAACGCCCUUAAAUUGGACGACGUCAAGCUGACCGUAGAGCUAGUGCGCUUGGAAACUUACAAGAACUUUGUGCGCCGAUGGUUCAAGUUAACUGAUCUCGAAACGCAGACCAGUCGCGAGGUGCUGCAAUUCCAUUACACUACGUGGCCGGACUUUGGACUGCCCAGUUCGCCAGAUGCAUUCUUAAAGUUUUUACAAGUGGUGCGUGCCUCGGGCGCACUCAACAAUGAUGUGGGACCCGCCGUCGUACACUGCAGCGCUGGCAUUGGACGAUCGGGCACGUUUUGUCUGGUCGACUGCUGCCUAGUUCUCGUUGACAAAUAUGGGGAAUGCAAUGUGUCCGAAGUGCUGAUUGAGCUACGAAGCUAUCGCAUGGGCCUCAUCCAGACUGCUGAUCAGCUAGAUUUUUCAUAUAAAGCCAUCAUCGAGGGCAUUACCAAGCUGAAAGAUCCCACCUUUCUCAACGAAGAGGAAAAAAUUCUUAGCAACGAUACGGACACACACACACUGCUGCAGGAUGAGAUGCCACCGCCUUUGCCUCCACGCACGGACUCUUUAAAUCUGCCGCUGGCGCCAAGCGCCGGUGGUGUCCUUUCCCUAAAUAUGCGCGCAGCGCAGGCAGAUAAAUCAUUGCUGUCCAAUGGUGAAGUUGAUGACAAUAUUGGAGACAAGGCUUCACCUACAUUAAUCAGCAAGGAUGGUUUAAAUAAUAUUAUAAAUCGUCAUGAGAUCGUAAAUGCCGAGGCUAUUGACAGUUUGUCAACCGAUCGUCCAUUGCCGCCUCUUCCUCCUGGUCAGAAGAGCCACGUGCAGGGUUCGGAUAGCGACAAUGAUGACGACGAUUACGAUAUGGAUGAUAUUGAGGAUGACGAUGAAGACGAGGAUACUGAUGAGGCGUUCAAAAAUAUUAACGCCGAUAACGCCAAGGAUUCAAACUGCACUUUAUUGUCCAACACAGAUGACGAUGUAAAUGCCAAUAAUGAGAAGGCAUCAGAACAACACGAGCAAUUGUGCAAGACCAAUGGCAUUGAUGCGCCACACAAUCCAGCAAGUCCCGACAAUGAACUGAAGCGUCGAAAACGCACCGAGUACCAAGCGAAUUUGGAACAGAAAGUCAACGAUAUCAAACGGAAGCAAAGGGAAAACGAAGACAAUCAACAGGCGGCGAAAAAACGAAGGUCAUUAAUCAAAUAUAUUGCGGCGGGUGUUGUGGUGGGCGUGAUCUGUGCUUAUGCGUACACAAAGCUAACUUAAGUUAACUAAAACAACUGCUCACUGAGUAAUCAGAUCGGAUCGGAUCUGUGGCUCAGUCGACAUACGUGCGAUGUAGCAGAUGUAUAGUAGAUAUAUGUAUAUGUAUGUAGUAGCAAUAGUCUUUUCUAGUACCACAACACGACAAUGAUGCUGGUGUGUAUGUGUGUGAUGUGUAUAAUGUUCUCCAUAUGCUGGAGCAUAUGAUUUUGUAUCUGAAUAAUGACAUUUAAUGUCAACACAUCGUCACAAGCAAACAUAACUAGCGCUAGCACACGCUCGUACUUCAGCACCAGGUGGACAAAUAAACAGACCAGACAAGCGAUCAUGA